GACUGAAGUGAAACAGGAAGUGAUAGAAUGUAAACAAAACAGAUCGUCUGCAUACAAUUACUUCAAAGAAAAUGGAAAACAAAACAGAUGAUAAUAACUGGUGCUGCUCUAUUGGACUCCAAGGUCAAGUGCAACUGCAUCAGUGUGGACCAAAUUCAAAGGCUGAUCCAAAUUAUAUUUUGCCGCUUAAUGUCUGUUGUAAACCAAUUGUAUCUCAUUGCCGGAGGCAUCAUAUCCGUGACAUUUCAAGUGAAGCUGACUUAAUUAAAGCCAGAGCUGGUUUAUUUAAUGUGCCAGUCGAAUAUUUCACUGUAUGUCCAAACCACAGAAUUAAUUUGGGGCUGUGGUGGAGAGCGUCAGCGAAUUGCCAGCUCUGUUUGCAGAAAGGCAGAAAGAAUAAGCCAUUAGCUGAGAGGACAGUCACCCUUUGCCAAUCUUCAUUCCUCUUAAAUUCAGAGAAUUUGUUGGUUCCUGUUGGCUCAGCAAUAUGCUCUACUUGUCGGAAGGAUCUCUUGCAAAAAAUGAAAUCAACUCCAGUCGGGGGCAAUAAGGAACAGAAUGGAAAAGCAGAAAAUGAUGAUGGUCUUCCUUGUACCACUGUGUCUGAUGAAUCAGAUCUAUUGGUUAAAUGUGAUAUGAUUGAUGAAAACUUUAUCACCACAGAACCACUUUUGACUGUAGCUGAUGAAGUCCGUACUCAUGAAACAUUGGAAGCUAAAUCAGAUACAACUGAUGACUUGAAUACAUCACAAAGUAUGCUGUCUAAUGAAAGCUCUCAGGGAAGUGAGUGGCUUCCAAACAGCCAAGAAGCUGAGGACAAAAGAUUAGCUCUGGACAAUUUUCUGGAGAUGUGUGGUGUGAGUCCAAUAAAGAAAACACUUCAAGUUUCAUGGGAGCUGUCCUCUGACAGGACAAAGGCUGACUACAUCAUAAAAUCUAAGAAAAUCAUCAAUGAGGUCCUUAAUGUGUUAGCACCUGGCCAAGGAAAUAUGCUGUUCCAAGAUGUUCUUAAUGCAAGAGAGGACGAUAUGGCGAGAAACACCAGCACACUAGAAGUCAUUGCCCUUGGUUACAGACUAGCCACAGAAUGGGGAACUCAGCGACAGAUAUUAUCUCUUAUUUCCGAUCAAUAUUCUUUGGUAGAAAUUAGAAAAUAUAUACCCGAUUUGUCUAAGUACAAAUACACAAUGGCAAGGAAGCAUGCACAGAUUGUUGGGCAUGGACAACCUUUGAUGAAAGAAGUGAGUCACAGAGAACACCUAUCAGAUAUUCAAAUAGGCCACUUUCUAGACUUCCUUAUGUCUCCAGCAGUUAUGUCUGAUGUCCCUUUUGGCCAAGUCCAUUUGAAACUCUCUUCUGGUCAGAAAAUUGAUGUACCAAAAAUGAUCUUGAAUACUGUCAGAUGCAGAGCAGUUGAGCAGUACCUCAGUUUUUGUGCUGAAACAGAUUUUCAGCAGUGUGCUAGUACAAGUACAUAUAUGAGGAUUAUCCAGUCAGUAGAACCAAGCAUACGUAAAUGCAUGAGGGGACUGGACAACUUUGCUGCAGAUGGUGCAAAGGCAUUCGAAGAUUGUGCUAAAAGUGUUGCAGUCCUUGGAAGACUUGGAAUGGGUGCUGAGUGGACUAAAGUGACACAAACAAAGCUUUCAGCAGCAAAGCAGUACCUCAAAAUGGAAUACAAAAUUCAUGUAACAAAGCAGAGCAGUGUGCCUGACCAUUGCUGCCAGUUUGCUCUAAGUGAUGGAAGUGAUUUUUUUUCUUCUCAUUGUGACCAUCCACAUGAUAAAUCCUGUGACAGCUGUGAAAGUCUGUGUGACGCUUUAGCUUCAGUCAACAAAGCUCAGUGUUCCGACACCAUUGAAUAUGAGUCUCAGGAUCAACAUGAUGAAAUUCAAUAUACUUUGAUUCAGGGCCAGAAAGCAAUUGAAGAUUGGAAGAAGCAUGUCUUGCGCUCAGUUAAUCAAGAUGCUGGAAAGACUGAGACAUUGACUAGUUUGUCAGAUAAUGAAGUAUUUAUUGAGCGGGAUUGGGCGAUGAAAUUCUUACCUAUGGUUUAUAGGGAGUCCCAAUCCAAGUGGUUUGCCAAGAGAGGCAUAAAUUGGCACAUCAGUGUUGCCAGUUUCAAGGAAAAUGAGGAAAUUUGUUCACAUACUUUUGUGCAUUUAUUUGAUAAUGCCACACAAGAUUCUCAUACCUCUAAUGCUGUCCUGUAUGACACCCUCACAAGGCUUCAUAAUUUGAAACCAAGUUUACAGAAAGCAUUCAUCAGAUCAGAUAACGCGGGCUGCUUUCACAGCUACCAAGCCAUAUUUGGUAUACAUAUCAUCAAUUGUGUCAGCCCCAUUACCAUUUCACGGGCAGACUUCUCAGACCCCCAAGGUGGAAAAUCUAUAUGUGACAGGCGAGCUGCACAUAUCAAGUCUACUGUUAGAAAGUAUGUGAAUGAAGGAAAUGAUGUGCGGACAGCGUCACAAUUUCUAGAAGCAGUCAAGAACAGCAACUCGUCAAACAUCUCUCUCAUUAGUGCAACACCUCCGCCUUCAAGUCCAUCAAACGUCAGCAUUUUGAAACAGUGCCAUUUGAAAAAUAUAUCCAAUUACUAUAACUUUCAGUUUUCCUCCAAUGGCAUCAAAAUAUGGAAGCAGCACAAUAUUGGUGAGGGGCAAUACAUUCUUGUAGAUAAAUGCAUACAUGUAAAUUCUACAGAAUUGAAAGAGAUUGUUGUUGUUGACAGUUUUUCUAGAGAACGCAGAGCAAAUCAAGUACAUGACAGAAAAGCAGAGUCAGCUACGGUAUCCUAUGCCACACAGAGUCCUCACAAAGAGCAGAACCAACAAGAAGAAAGCCAAGAAGAUUGCACAGGUGGUUUGUUUACAUGCCCAGAGCCAAACUGCAUUACUACCUUCACAAAACAUAAAAAUCUGUUACGCCACCUUGACACAGGAAUCCACAGUACUAAAGCAAAAGUAUGCUUAUCAGAUCGUGUUAAAAUUUCUUAUGCAACUGAGAUUGAACAAAAAUGUGUUCAAUUGCCACAUGUAAAUACAGGCCACACCUCCUUAAAUGCAAACACUCUGGACACAGGUUGGGCACUGAAGUCCAGACGAGAAGUCAAGCGGUUCACAGAACAGCAAAAGGAGUAUCUCACCCAGAAAUUUAAUGAUGGAGAGAGGAGCGGGAUCAAAUCCAAUCCAGAGGAUGUGGCUAUUGAAAUGAGAUCUGCCAAAUACAAGAAUGGAAAUAGGCUAUUCUCUAUAGAGAAUUUCUUGUCUGCAGCACAAAUUGGGAGUUUUUUCAGCAGGUUGAGCUUACUCAAACGGAAAAGAGGAUUGGAAACAGUGGAUGAAGAGGACUUUGAAGCAGCAAAUUUUGAGGCACAGUUUGAUGAUCUUUUUAAACUUGCCAGACAGUAGUUUUACCUUGUUUAUAUGAGUAGAUUUGGUAAUUUAUUUACAAAUACUGACCUCUUAAUUAAGAGUUCACAAUGCUUUAAGUCACACACUUUUAUUUUUGUUUUAAGCCCAACAGACAUUGUGUUGAAAGGCAUUUCCCAUCCCUACAAGUGUAUCACUAUAAUGAAUUUAGGUUGCAAAGUAAUCAGCCCUUGU